AUGUCCCAUAUUCAAGACUUUCCGGUGGUUGGAUCCGAGGUCGACUUGGAUGGACCGACAUACAGAUCAAAUCGAGAGGCGUGGAAAAAUGUUAUGCACGAGUAUGAGACCAAUCUAAAGCACACCAUAUCAGAAGGCAGUGUACAGUCGACCAGAAGGCACCAAGAUCGAGCACAAUUGUUGGCUCGGGACAGGAUCGCACUUCUGUUAGAUCCAGGCUCACCGUUUCUCGAACUCGGCUCAUUUGCAGGCUUUGGUUUGGAUGAUUCUAGCUUCUGUGCUAGUCUCCUGGCAGGUAUCGGCAGUGUCAGUGGGCGCAUCUGUCUGAUACUCUCUCACAUACCGACUCUGAGCGGCGGAGCUUGGAACGAACUCACAAUAGUCAAACAAAAUCGAGUGACAGAGAUUGCUAACGAGAAUGACUUGCCUAUUAUCGCUUUGGUUCAAUCAGCUGGCGUUCUUUUGCCCCAACAAUUUCGAGUCUUUCACAAAGCCGGCCAGAUCUUUCGUGAUCUGGCGGUUCGGACACAGAACCAACAGGCUUCCUGUGCCGUUGUCUUUGGAUCAUCAACAGCUGGAGGGGCAUAUCAUCCGGCCUUAUCCGACUACACCAUCUUUGUAGAGAACAAAGCACAAGUUUUCUUGGGUGGUCCGCCCUUGGUCAAGAUGGCCACGGGAGAGGUGAUUGAUGCUGAAGAGCUGGGAGGAGCCAGAGUGCACGGGGUUAUGACUGGACUGGCCGACCAGCUGGCGGUGGACGAAUUCGAUGCCAUCCAGAAAGCUCGACAUUGGGUUGAGACGCUGAAACCCACCGUUCUACCGCCGGAAGUCCCCCCUCGUGUGCCUUUGGCUCCACGGUAUCCGAUUGAGGACAUCUUUGCCUUGGUGAAUCCGGAUAUCCGUAAGCCAUUCGACAUGAAAGAAGUCAUCCUUCGGAUUGUGGAUGAUUCAAGGUUGGCGACAUUCAAACCGUCCUUUGGGCGGAAUCUGCUGACCGCUUGGGCGGACAUUCUAGGCAUGCGUGUUGGUAUGGUGGCCAACCAGACACCCAUAAUCUAUGCGGACGAGGCCAUGAAAGGGGCCCAAUUCAUUCGCCUUUGUAACCAACAGAAUACGCCCAUUAUCUUCCUUCACAACGUAACAGGAUUUAUGGUGGGCUCGAAAGCUGAGCAUUCAAGCAUUAUCAAAAAGGGAGCACAAUUGGUGUCGGCGGUGAGCUGUUCGAAGGUUCCUCAUAUCUCGAUCAUUCUAGGCUCGUCGUAUGGGGCAGGCAAUUACGCCAUGUGUGGACGAUGCUAUAAGCCGAGAUUCCUGUUCACCUGGCCGAUCGGUCGAUGCAGCGUGAUGGGACCGGAUCAGCUUUCUGGAGUGAUGGAACAGGUCGAAGGAAAUGCGGCGAGGAGUAAGGGGAUAGUCUUGGAGCCAGAGACGGUCAAAGCCCGAGUAGAGAGGUUUAGGGACACAGUGCAACGGGACAGCAGCUGUUAUCGAACGAGCGCUUUCGUCCACGACGAUGGAAUCAUUGAUCCUCGGGAUACGCGGGAUGUGCUUGGGAUGUGUCUUGAAGUGGUGCAGACGACGAGAAUAAAGGGGAGCGUCGGUCAUCGAGCGUUGGCAAGAAUAUGA